GUGGUACCUCCUCGCCAUUGUCCGCCAUUCAUCCCACUACAGUCCCUCUUUUCGUCUCGUAGCACACAUUCGUUUCCGUACAGCUGGUCUCUGUUCGAUUUCACUUCAACAUGCUUUCCAAGGUCGCCCUUCUCAACGCGCUCAUCAGCGCUGUGUCUGCUGGCACAAUUAUCUGGGAUGGACGCUUCAACGACAUGACCUCAAGCGCGGAUCUCGAAAAGUGGUCGUUCUCCAACCCCGUCGGCGCUUACCAGUACUACAUUCACGGCUCCGGUGCGGUUUCUGAUUACGUCAACCUCGAUGCUACCUACAAGAACCCAGCCGACACCGGCUCAAAGCAGGGUGUCAAGAUCACCAUCGAUGAGACUGCCAAGUGGAACGGCCAGUCCAUGCUGAGGACUGAGCUCAUCCCUCAGACUACUGCUGCCAUCAACAAGGGCAAGGUUUACUACCACUUUUCAGUAAAGACAACUGGCACCAACAAGCCUACUGCUACCAACGAGCACCAAAUUGCUUUCUUCGAGAGUCACUUCACCGAACUGAAGUACGGCUCCGGUGGAGGCAGCAACACCAACCUCCAAUGGCAUGUUGGUGGUGUCUCCAAGUGGGACGCUGAGCUGGUCGCUGACGAAUGGCACAACGUUGCCUACGAGAUUGACUUCGACGCCGGAUCCGUCUCGUUCUAUCACUCCACUGGCAGCGAUGCGCUGACCAAGACCGCUGGUCCAUUCGACGCCAGCACCUCCUCUAACGGUGCGGACUGGCACUUGGGUGUUCUUCGCCUACCUGGUAGCAACGAUGCUGCUGGUGCCGAGGAUUGGUUCUUCAGCGGCGUUUACAUCGAGAGUGGUGACCUGACCACCGCCGUUUCUGCUGGUGGUGCUGCCUCUGGCGACUCUGCUCCUGCCCCUGCUUCAUCCAAGGCUUCCGCCGCUUCUUCCGCUCCCGCCACCUCUGUUGCCGCUACUUCUGCCGCCGCCACCUCGGCGCCCGCUGCCACAUCCGCCGUAGCCGAGACCCCCGUCGCGUCCGCUGCUCCUGUUGUCUCUUCGUCUGCUGCCGCUGCCGAGACUCCCGUUGCUUCGGCUACUGCUGUCGAGUCUGAGGCUCCUGUCGCUUCAUCCACUGCGGCUGCUGCUCCUUCUGCUUCAGCCGGAGCCGGAGCUGGUGCCAGCACUGAGCUCCCCACUGAGUUCACUCUCAAGGAGCUCAUUGCUUGGGUCAAGGCUAAGAACGGCGAGAACUAAGCAUUAUCUUUGCAAGGCUACAACUGCCGAGGAGAGCAUUCCUGUACAUACCUUAUCCUAGUGGACUGUAGAAUACUAUCGACCUUUAUUGCAACAGAACAAGCACAUGUGCACGAGCAGUGUGAUGACUAGGCGCAGUAGACUGUGUACCCGUCUGACAACGCAUUGGACACAAGAGAUGUACAUCGCUGUCAUCAUCG